CAUCGUCAUCGCUCCCCGAAUCAACCACAACUUCCAUCACGAAAAGCCCCCCCAACGACCUCGCAUAUAUCCCGUCAAAUUCACGACUUCAUCGAAUCAAACACAUAUCAAAAAUGGACGCCCUUACCAAGACCGAGGAGGCCCAGCUCCAGCAGAGACUUCAGAAGCGCCAGGUCAAGGAGUUCAUGAACCUCUUUGGCAACCUCGUCGACCACUGCUUCACCUCGUGCAUCGACGACUUCACCUCAAAGUCCCUCUCCUCCCGCGAGACCGGCUGUAUCACCCGCUGCAUCCAGAAGCAGAUGUUCUCCCAGCAGCGCCUCAGCGAGCGCUUCCAGGAGCACAACGCCCAGAUGACGGCCCAGAUGCAGGGACAGUAAAGAAAGCUUGACGCCACAAGACAGAGACCAAAAUGAUGUAAAAAAGAGAAGAAGAGAAUGGCACGCAGAACGGUGUUCGAUAAAGGAGAUCUCGGACGAGCUCGCGCGCGCGCGCGCGCGCGAG